ACCUGAUACUAUUGGUUUUGAUUUAGUUGCUCAGAUUCACUUUUUCACUCAUUUAAAUAAUGUUUGUUGAUUAAUCAUCUGUGUCGAGCAUUGUUUAGGGCUUUCACUUACACAUAGUCUGUUGUAUUUAAUCAUUGACACAGUCUUGAAGACAGAGUAUUAUUCACAUUUUUUGAUGUUGAAAGGGACUCUCAGAAAACAUAGAGUAGUUUUAGGAAGCAGAACCAGAAGUCCCCAGAUCUCCCAUAUUCACUUCUGGACACCAUGAUUGCCUGUUUGGGGAUUUAGGCAUGGAAAUCAAAUAAGAGAUUUUUUUUUAAGGUACAUAGAUGCCACUAGCGGCAUAUAAAAUUCCACAUUUGAAUACUGUGAAAUUUUAAGUGAGUCUGGCAGUCUAGCAAAUCAAACUUCAGCACGCACACAUUUCUACACACCAGUGACUUGCAGCUGGUGCACUUCUCUUGUCUGGAAGCCACACGCAGGGACUCAAGAAAAGCAAGCUCUAUUCUGUAGGACCCUGCCUCAGUCCUGGCAAGUUAGAGGAAAAAGAAAAAAGCCACCACAAUAUAAAGAUUUAUUUAGCUAUGGCUAAACUUAGCCCUAUUAUUUUCAUCCGUUUAAUCCUAACAUGUGAGAUGUUCUUGGCCAAUGGUAAGAAAAAAAAGUGGAUCACAUGCCUUCCCAUUAUAGGCAUUUAAUUUCCUGUCAAUUAAUAUGUCUUAGAUUAAUCUGGAAGAAAGCAUCAAGCACAAUUGCAUAAGAGGACAGAUGUGCAAAUUGAGACAUGUAGCAUGUGCAUUUCAGAAUUCAGACCAAUCCACUAAACCACUACGAUACACCAAAACCAAAGAAUGAGACCAUCAUGAUUAUUAGGUUUGCACAUAAGUAUAUGUGGGUGUGAGUGUACCACACACAAACAACCACUUCCUGAUUCCAAGCUCCUGUUUAGUGCAUUUGCAUCCCAGCAGUUAAUAGGAAAAGGCAGUGAAAUAUGGGGCAACUCCAUGCAUACAAAAUGACUGGCAUUGCCUGAGGAGGCUAUCUAUCUACACAGCAAGAAAAGAAAAUUGAAAGCAAGGUCUUAAAAAAUCACUCUCUGAAGUUUCAACUGACACAAUGCAACAGCUGCUAACAGAUCGUCAUAUCCAUAUCAGUUUGGAGCAAUGGUUCUCAACCCAAGACGAUUUUGUCCCCCAGGGGCCAUUGCCAUGUCGGGAGACACAUUUUGUUGUCACAACCAGGGGGCUACUGGCACCUAGUGAGAGAGUCGUGACUGGCGUUUAGUGGGCACAGGCCAGGGACGCUACUCAACAUCCUACAACCCUGCCAGGCAGCCCCUCACAACAAAGGUCUCCGGCCCAAAAUGUCAGUGUUGCUGAAGUUGAGGAGCUCUGUUCUAGAAAUUUGAAAAGCAGAGUAUAUGAAGCAUUGUACGCUUGAGACAGGCUUAUAUAGAAGCAAGAAAUAUAUAAAUACAAAAAUACUUAUAAAAUGUGUAUCUGGCUAUCUCUCAAGAAUGUUGCCCAAAAAAUGUUUUUCUUAUCACCUGUGCCAACUUGACUGGGCCACAGAGUGCCCAGAUAACUGGUCAAAUAUUCUGGCUGUUUCUGUGAGUGCCUUUGGAUAAAGUUAAUAUUUAAAUUGGUGGACUAGAGAAGCAGACAGCCCUCCAUAAUGGGGGUGGGCUUCGUUCUGUCUGUUGAAGGCCUAAGUAGAACAAAGGUCAAGUCCUCCCUCUCCCAUCCCCCCACCAAGCAGGAAGGAAUUCUGCCUUCCAACUGAAACAUCAGCUCUUCCUGGCUGAUGGCCUUCGAGCAGGGACAUGAGCUCUGCAAAUUUUGGACUUUCCAGCCUCUUCCAUAAUCACGUGAGCCAAUUUCUCUCUCUCGCUCUCUCUCUUUCUCUCUCUCUCUGAACCUCCUUUAGUUUGGGGUUUUGGUUAGUUUGGUUUUGUUAUUUUAUAAAAAGUCUAAGAAAUACAGUUCUUGAUUUGUUACCGUAGCAACCAUUUUGCUAUGCAUUUAGCUAUGUAGUAUAAUCCCAACCAAUGUUGGAUCAGGUACCUAGAAGGCAAACACACCUGGUAAUUUCUGGGCUAACCUUGUACAUAUAACCUCAUCUUAUGGGCUGUUACGAGCUUUUAAACCCAAGCUUUUGACCAUGUUUAUUUAGUAAAACAAGUCAUAGACGUAAACGAGAAGUGUUCAUUGCUGCCUCCUUACACAGGCUGCCUGAUACCAACAGCCACACCACCCUCCUCACCGCCUCCCGGCCAGAUUCAAAUGACGCACUGGAGAGUUUCCAAUGGCAGUGCGUUUUUUUCCCAUUCCGCAAGUGGGAAGCUUUGACUCUGAAUUGGUUGCAUUUAUUUUGUAUUCUUUUAAACUAGGUACAUUUGCCAAAGUUAUUGCCUUCCUUAAUAUAAAAAUAGUCCAGUGUGACUUCCCUGUCUAAUGAAAAUAAAAGAGGAGGACUAGAAACUCACCUAAUCUUUUAAGAAUCCUAAUUCUACACCUUAAAUGCAUCUUAAGAAAAGGACAUAAUUAACAGCCAAAUGAAAAUGUUAGUGGAUUUCUAAUAUGUGAGAAAAAAGAAACAAUAAUACAUAUUAUAAUGUUGAACAUUUAAUUGUUAUCUUUUUCUUUUGCCUCAUUUGGGCUAUUCCAAAGCAUGCACUUGCGAAAAAGGAGAGAUAUUUUAGUCUACAUUUUUUUUACUAUAGUAUUUCUUGUGGAUGAAAAAAUGAAAGCUGUUGAGAUUAGACAUCUGUAUUCUACAACUCCUGUUUGCAGCUCUCUGAUUAUGCGAAUAGAAAAAUUAGCUGUAAUCUGAGAGCAUUUUCCCAAGUUAAUUUGUAUUCAUGUUAUCGGAUAGCCACAUUUGGAAAAAAGCUCACAAUCCUAACUUUUAUUUUUGGUAUAAAUUUCCAAGGACUUAGGUGAGUUUGAAAGAUGAAUUCAUUUUCCCCCUCUCAGGAAGCUCUUGCCUUGAAUUAGUCACCACAUCCUAGCAGUAGCCCAUUGGAACUGCUUCCCAGUGUCGACAGAUGCUGGUGUACCCAGACCGUGCUGCAGAGUUUCCUCCUCAGGAUGGCAUUUAGCUCAAUCUUUUUGAGCCUAAGUAAAAUAUACCAUGUAGUGGCUGAUUGAAGAGAGCUGUGCUCCUGCUAAAUGUCAGAUCUGGUUAAGAAAUAAUUCAGGAAUUCAAAAGACUGCAACUAGAAAGGGAGGUUCACAACAUUCUUAAGUUAAUAUUACCAUUAAGUGGGAUUACUAUGAGUAGUAAUGUAAAUGACUUAAAAAUACAUCUCGGUCACCUGCAGGACCAAAAUGGACAGGACAUCCCAGAGCUGCCGGUCCAGAUUGCCGGACAACACUGCCUUGAAGCAGCAGCGAUUGCCUGCCUACCGCCUGCAGCUCUCAGCCACCAAAGUCCUCUCUGGCUUUUUUGCCACAGGAGCAUUCUGCCUUGGCAUGGGCAUCGUCCUUAUAUUGUCUGCAAAGAGCAUCAAGGAGAUAGAGAUUAAUUACACAAAUAUAUGUGCAAAUUGUGCAGAACUGCGGGAAAACGCCAUUAAUUUUGACAAAGAAUGCACCUGUUCCAUUCCUUUUUACCUGCCAGACACAAUGCAGGGUAAUGUUUAUAUGUACUACAAAUUGUAUGGCUUCCAUCAGAACCUCUAUCGAUACAUUCUAUCCAGAAGUAAUAGCCAACUGAUGGGUAGAGAUGUAAAGGAUGUUGGAAACUGUGAUUCAUUCAGAAAGACCCACAAUGGGACCCCCAUCUGUCCAUGUGGAGCUAUUGCCAACAGCAUAUUCAAUGACACCAUUAUUCUUUCAUACAACCUUACCUCAUCUGUACGUAUCAAAGUCCCAAUGUUAUCGAAUGGAAUUACAUGGUGGACAGAUAAGUUCAUCAAGUUUCAGAAUCCAAAUUCCAAUAAUCUUCCUAGUGCAUUUGCAGGAACUGCAAAGCCCCCUCACUGGUCUAAGCCUGUCUACGAACUGGACGAAGAGGAUUCGGGAAACAGCGGCUUCAUCAAUGAGGACUUCAUCGUGUGGAUGCGGACGGCUGCCUUCCCCACCUUCAAAAAGCUGCACCGUCGACUCAACCGAAUACAGUAUUUUACUGAAGGCUUGCCUGCUGGUAACUAUAGUUUCAACAUAACCUACAACUUUCCCGUAACCAGAUUCCAAGGAGAAAAAUCUGUUGUUCUUUCCACCCUGACUUGGAGUGGAGGCAGUAGCCUUUUCUUAGGCCUUGCCUACACAGUGACAGGAGCCAUGACAUGGUUGGCCUCCUUUUCAAUGAUGGCCAUUCACCUGAUGCGUAAAGAAAAGAAAAUGUUCUUCCCCAGCUGUCAAGUCAAGCUUUGAAAAGAAAAGCAGAAAACACAGAAAUGAACAGAGUAAUGAAGUAACAGAGCCAAAGAUUUCUGACAAGGCUUGAAGUGACUGGGCCGUUUGUCAUCGAGGGGAACUGCAUUGAUGAACCAAGUACAAUCCCAGGUGGAUAAAUGAGAGUUUCAGAGUGAAGAGGAGGAGGCGGGGGAGAAAGAGGAAAAGGCAUAAUUAUGUAUAGUAAAAUGUCCCUGGGAAUUAUAAAUCAUCCUUUAGCUCUAAACCAAGUCUCUGAUAUUUAUUUAAAGCCCUAAGCCUAAAGGCAGGUGACUGCCUAAGAACGUACCAUCACCAAACAAGAGCAAGCAGGCCCAGGGGCCCCAAGAUUAGAUGGAUCCUUUCAAUAUCAGUCAGGCUCAGACCACGAGUCUUUAUUGGCUGUUUGAAAUUAUUAUAGACUAUUCUACAACAAUUGCUGAGCAUCAAAUUGAACAAUCAGGAUGAUUUUGAAAACAGAUUUAGUCAAUGUUCUCUCUCUUAGGCCAUUCUCUCUCUUAGGAGUCAGAACUAAGUUUUCUCUGCUAAAAAUAAGGUGAAAGUCGUGGCGGUGUCCCGAGGACACACAACACAGCGAUGCGCUGUGCAGCCCAGAGGAAAGCACUGACAGUGACUGAUUGCCUCAAAAAUGGUCCUUAGCACAAAACAAUUCCACACCUUUACUGGGAUAACAUAUUCUAGAAUGCAAAUGGUGACAUGGAGUUAUGACACUUGAAUUCAUAUGUGUUGAAGGAGUGCCUCAAAGUCUAUCUCAAAAAGUUUGAAUUCUUGCUAAAAGUCACUUACAAGAGACUCAACAAAGUACUUGGUAAGGCUGCCAGGUCAAUAGGUACAUAGAGUCGUGUACCUAGAUGAGCAGAAUAUUGUACUUUUAAAAACACAUUACUUUAUUCUUAUUUUUUGAGGUAAAGGAAGCCUUACUUUGUGAUGACAGUAGGAGCAGAAUUUUCAUUUUUAAAGAAACAUACAGUACCAACACAUGUUUGUCCCUUUAGCAACCAAGAAAGUAUUUCUUGGUGGCAACUUUCUGCAUUCACCAAAUAGUUGAGAACUUUU